AUGAAAUUGAAGACACUCGCGCCGUAUGUUAUUCCCCGCCUCGCACAGUUAAGUAAAAAGAGCAGCGCCCUUUACGUAAGGAGAGCAAUCCGACGGACCGCGCACUGUGGGGAAACCAGGGCAUUUAUAUCCUCCAAGGUACUCAUAUCGAGGGAGGAGGCCCCUGCUUCGAUCAAGCCGAGUAGCACCAAUGGCGAAAAUGUAACUUUGCCGCCCCCACUGCGACCCGAUGGAGCGACGAAGAACCUCGACGAGCAGGUCCUGAAGGAGCUGCACAGCCUAAUCAGGUCGAUUCAAAAGCUGGAGAAGCAGAAGAAGCAACAAAUUGUGAAAUACAUAAACACGUUAAAUAAAAAAUAUUUGCAAUAUGUAGAAGGAGACAUUGUGGCCUUCUUUGAAAAUCUGGACCAGUACAUGGCGGCGAAUGGCCUCCUCAUGUGCGACCUUGGGGGGGAAGAAGUGCUCAGUCACAUCGAGAGGGUGCAUAUGAAUCUUGGCGAGGACAGCCCCUUCGUAAACAGCCGCUUCAACGCGAACAGCCCCAUCGACGUGAACGGCCUCUUCGACGUGAACUUCCUCAGAGAGGCGAAAAAGAAGCUGUACGGGGAGCACAUUUACCCCAUCCUCCAGGGCGCAGGGGAAGGACACGCCGCGCGGAGGCCCGAUCUGCGUAGCGGGCCGAGAAACUCGCCGCCAAAUUCGCCAACCACGCCGCGAAACUGGCCUCCCCACUGCGCAGCGGCGGGGAGGGACGCCCCCGAGGAGGACACCGUGAACGUGCGCAGGCAAAUGCUGAUAGAGCGGUCCUCCUACCAGAAGGCCAUCGAGGAAGCGGAGGAGUUCGUUUCGAACCUCCACGACUUGAAGAAGAUAACGGAAAUCCGGGGGCUCUGCAAAAUAUACUUGAGUUGGGUGAACGAGCUGGAGCGGAGGAUCGCCAGCUACAGGCAGCGGCAGCGCAGGAGAGGUGGUAGCGGUGAAGGGGGGACAGAUGGAACCACCACGGCUGCUUCGCAAACCGCCGCCCCUCACACCGCCGCUGCACACACCGCCUCGCUCGCGGAGACCGGCAGGGGGGGGCUGCCCGAACUGGUGGAGGACAAGCUGCUAGCCAUCAUCACCGUGAAGUGGACCAUCCAAUACACCUUCAACCCGCAGAAAAAAAAAUACGCCAACAGCAUCACCACGCAGUCGAAGAAUUUCGAGCAGGGCUACGCGUACCAGUCACUGUUCACGCACAUCGCCAUCAAGAUCGGCCAGGAAAUUAACAACGAGCUGAACUUCCAGCAGCUGGAGAGGAACAACCUGCUGUACCGCUACGUCAAGAGGAACAAAGCCAACGCGUCCUUCUCGCACUUUCAGAAGUACCGGAUGCUCUGCGGCAUUAGGAGGAAGCUGCAGGGGGGGGGGGCAAACGUGGCAGAAGCGGCUGGAGAGGCUGUAGAAGCAGGCGUGGCAGUAGAGGCAAACGUGGCAGAAGCGAGCGGGUCCGGCCCGCGCGACGACUUCCACCUGGUGCAGUGGAACUCGCAGAAGAAGGCCGCAGUCGGGGGGCUCCUCCUGAAGAUGCUCAUGGACAGCGCGAAGAUGGACGUCGACCUGAGCGUCGCCAAGGAGGAGCACCGAAAUGAGUACAAAUAUUAUCUGCUCCUGCACAAGAUGGCCAAGGGCAGGGGGGAGAAGCUGCACGCUGAGUGCAAAUACGAGAAGGAGCUCAACUAUGAGAAGUACUAUGAGGAGGAGUCCAAUUCGCUGGAGUUCGUGGUCCUCGAGCGGGGCAAGGGGCGGGGCGGCGAGGAGAGGGAAAAGGAGAAGGGGAAGGAGAGGGAAAAGGAAGGGGGUGGCGAAGAUGGUGCAGGUGGUGAUAACAGAGCCAGUGCCGCUUCCCCCGCUAACGCAGACAACCACGCCGCUUCCCCCCGAAGGCGCGAAAACAACUUCGGCAAACGGCGGAAGGAGCAGCUGAAGAACAAGCAGGUAGUGCUGUACCGGUCGAGAAGAGACCCCAGCAAGAUAGAGCUGCCAGUGUUCGUCCACUCGUACGUGUGGAGGAACGGCAGCUGGUACGGCGUCAUACACAUGCGGGAGUGUUGCGCGAAUUACCUGCUCAACAACGCGAUCAACUCUCACAUCCCGUUGAACCACCUCCCGAUGAUAAGCAAGCCGAAGAAGUGGACCCACUCGGAAGGUGGGAUGCUCCUCCUGAAAAACAACUUCAUCCGUUGCAAUGUGAAGCCUCUGUUCAACAUAGACGUGUGUAACUUGGAGCGAAUCAAAAGUGUAGUCUCCCAAAUGGGAAACGUCCGCUGGGAAGUAAACGAAGAAAUUUUGCACCUCAUCGAAUACGCCUACAAUAAGGGGAUUACCAUAGGAAACAUCCCGCGCAAGCAGAAUUAUAGUCUCCCCAGUGGACCCUCCCAUACGGCAAAGCAAAACGUGGAGGAUAUUAAAAAAUAUUAUUUAUUAAGGGAGGAAAUUAGCAGAUUAAAUAAAUGCCUGAUCAGUGAGAGACCCACUUUUUUGCAAAAAAUUGCCAUCGCGAAAACGCUGAAAAACUGUAAAGUGAUUUAUUUCCCACAUAACAUUGACUUUCGGGGGAGGAUGUAUCCUCUCUCUCCCCAUUUGCACCAUAUGAGUGACGACAUUUGCCGCAGCUUGAUCACCUUCCAUGAUAGGGAGGAAAUUGGCCCCAGGGGAUUGUUCUGGCUUAAAAUACACCUGGCGAAUAACUUUGGGAAGGAUAAACUGACGUUUGAGCAACGCAUCAACUGGGUUGAUUCUAACUUGGGUAAUAUCAAACGGCUGAGUGAAAAUCCCUUUCAACAUGUAGACUUUUGGAGCACAGCAGAGAAACCUUGGCAAGCUCUCUCCGUUUCGAUGGACCUCACCAGAGCGUUGGAGUGUCCCGAUCCGUCCAAAUAUAGGAGCAACAUCCCUGUGCAGCAGGAUGGCACGUGUAAUGGUCUUCAACACUACGCCGCCCUGGGCAGGGACUACGACGGGGGGAAGGCGGUCAACAUCAUUCCAUCGGAUGAGCCGCAGGAUAUCUACACCGUGGUGUUGGAAAUUGUGCGCAGUAAAGUUAAAGCGGACUUGGACGGAGCGGCGUCGCCGCCUAAAGGAGAUAGGGGAAAGAGUAGCGGCACGCCUAACUGUGCCCCCCCCCGCUGCAGAGAACACCUCGCGAAGUGCUGCUUCCAAUUCGACCUGCUCAAGCGGAAAGUCGUCAAGCAAACCAUCAUGACCAUCUGCUACGGAGUCACCUCAGUAGGAGCCAAGGACCAAGUCAAAGGCAAAAUCCAAAGCAUGACCACCAAAGUGUUAGAAAAAAAAACCAUCAACCAGUUGUCCCAGUACAUAGCCAAUUACAUCUUCGAAUCCAUUAGCGAAAUUUUCAAAAGGGCAAUGAUCAUCAAAAAAUGGUUUAAUAAUUUAUCCAAAGUAACCAAUGAGCUGAACAUCCCAGUCACUUGGCUAUCCCCUAUAGGUCUCCCCUGCGAACAACCCUACCGAUUAGGGCACCGGAUUUUAGUUAACACUCCUCUCCAAUCAGUCAGUGUCAUCUCGUAUCAAAAUAGCUUGCUCCAUAAGAACAAACAGAGACUUGGCUUCCCUCCAAAUUUCGUCCAUUCUUUAGAUGCUUCUCACCUUAUGAUGACGGCUGAGAAAAUGGUCCUCGAAAAUAACUUCAGCUUUGCCGCUGUGCAUGACUCCUACUGGACUCACGCGUGUAACGUAGACCAAAUGAAUGUGUUCAUUAGGGACUCCUUUGUCACUCUGUAUGAGGAGCCCAUCUUGCAGAACCUCUAUCGGGGCUACCAGAUGCGCCUGGGCAAGCACGCCUCCAGGAUCCCCGCGCCCCCCGACCAGGGCCACCUCGACGUCUCCCUCGUUCGCCGCAGUCGCUACUUUUUCAGCUGACGGUAUGGUUGCACGGUUGCACGGUUGCACGGUUGCACGGUUGCACGGUUGCACGGUUGCACGGUUGCAUGGUUGCAUGGUUGCACGGUUGCACGAUUGCACGGUUGCACGGUUGCAUGGUUGCAUGGUUGCACGGUUGCAUGGUUGCAUAUCCGCGUGACCGCGUAACCUCGUGUGCCCAUUUAUUGAGCGCCCCCCCCUUUUUUGCCUGCCGUACGAACCAACUGCGCGGCGAGCAGCGGGGAAGCGCCGCCUCUCGAGGAUUAAAUUUAAAUCAAACCAAACGCGCCCACGGCGAUGUGC